AUGAGCACCGCCUCCAGCUCUCCGUACAUCAACAAACGCGCCUUCCGCGGCAGGACGAGAAGCAAGGGAGCGAAAGAAAUACAUUUAACAUAUACUUUUGUUAACAGACACCUUGGUAAAGUUACGAGUUUGUGGAUAAGACGAUUUGAAGCAGACAAAGAGCCCGUCGCAUCCAGAUUUUCUCAGCAGACUUCAUAGAGCAGAGCAGCUUUCCCGGACUAUCCACUCCGCCGUUCACGUCUCGGAGAACAGAGACAAAGAGAGAAUGAAGAUCUGCUCAUCGGUGUGAGUUCUUGGGAUGCUUGACCGACCUGUACCCCAUGCUUUUCUAAGGCCUCCAGAAGCUAAAGACAGGGUGUCAUUGACAGAGCAAGUGACCCCUCUGAGCCACCACCAUGGCCCUGGUUCAGGCUCUGCCCAUAUCUGCUGAGCCCCACAACCCAGGUCUCAGUGGAGGAGCCCGCAGGAGAAACCCCUCCGGCUCUUCGCCCCCCAUCAACGCAGCACCCUCCACUCUGGAACCUAUGGGUUCUGUCAGCAGCCUCAUCGCCACCCGCCCCGGCCCCUACCAGGACCACCGUUUUGGUGUUGAGCUGGGUGCCAGGGUCCGACGGCCCACACCAGGAGCCUCCUGCCUAGGCUCUGAGUCGCCCCAGGACCCCUUACUGCAGAGCAUCCCGCCACUCAAGAAACAGAGCUCCACAACGUCCAGCAGGGGACUGGAGAAGGAGAGUGGGAAUGGGAACUAUACCUACCUGAAUGAGGACUAUGUAGGUGACUGGAAUGACAACCAUGUAACACCUGGCAGCCCAGGGAGCGACGCAGACGAGACUAAAGAAGGAUCUGGGUUUAAUGGGAAUAUGGGGGGACCUCCUCCAAAACUGAUCCCUGUGUCAGGAAAACUUGAGAAGAACAUGGAGAAAACAGUGCUGCGGCCCACUGCCUUCAAGCCCGUCAUUCCCAAGAGCCGUACCUCCAUGCAAUACCUCUCCCCUCGCCACUGUGCCAACGUAUCAGAAAGCCAAAACAACCUGAACUUGCUCAGCCCGGGUCACAGAGAAGUGUCGCCCUCCAGCUCUGAGAAAUGUAGCUUGUACAGCAGGGCCCGUAACAGCGGCGGUGGUAGCAGCCACUCCUGUCAACUGUCCGACUCGGGACGCAACUCCCUCUCCAGCAUACCACCUUACAGCAGCACUGGCUACAGUCAGGCAUCAGGAGAGGCCUCUGCUGGCCACCUGGAGCCCAUGAAGAGUGCCCUGCCAGUCAGCGGACACGGACACUCCAACUCAGACAGUGGGCGCUCAUCUUCCAGUAAGAGUACAGGCUCCGGCUCGAUAAAUGGCAGAGGACAACCUCUGUCUGACAGCGGGUCGAGCGGGCGCUCCCCUGGCCCCGUGGAGGGUUAUGAGGGGGUGGUGAGGGACCUGGAGGACAAGCUGAGGGAGAGGGAGCUGGAGCUGCAGCAACUCAGAGACAACUUAGAUGAGAAUGAAGCUGCGAUUUGUCAGGUUUAUGAGGAGAAGCAGAAGCGUUUUGAGCUGGAGCUGGAGGAGCUGAGACAGGGCUGUGCCACCAGGAUGCAGGUAGCCUCGCAGAAGGCUCAGCGUGCACAGCAGGUGCUUCAGUUGCAGUGUCAUGGCCUGCAGGUUUAUCAGCUCCAGCAGGAGAAGAAGAAGCUGCAGGAGGACUUUGCUCAGCUCCUGAAGGAGAGGGAGCAGCUAGAGGAGCGCUGCUCCUCCUAUGAGCAUGAGAAGAUCCAGCUGGGGCCACGACUUGAGGAGAGCAAGUGGGAGGUCUGUCAGAAGUCGGGGGAAAUCUCAUUGCUGAAGCAGCAGCUGAAGGAAGUGCAGGGAGAGUUAGCCCAGCGAGUGGGAGAGAUCGUUUCACUGCGGGGUCAACUCAGAGAGGCUCGUGGCGAGCUGACAAACACCCAGGUCCUGCUCCAGGAGGCCCACGGCACAACACGCACACGAACCCUGGAGCUGGAGGUCUGUGAAAACGAGCUUCAGCGUCGCAAAAGCGAAGCGGAGCUGCUCAGAGAAAAGGUAGGACGCCUCGAGGGAGAGUUGGUUCAUCUCAAAGAUGCUUUGGCCAAUCAGGGCCCAGGAAACAGACAGUGUCAGGUGUUCCAGGAAGCAGAGGAGCACCUGCUCGCCUAUGAGAGUGAUGAGGCGAAGGCACAGCGGCAGAGUAGCACCGAGGCCCUGCAGAACAUGAAGGUGCAGAUGGACAGGAUGAGGGCCGAGCUAGCCUUCGAGCGUCAGCGGGCCGAGCAGCAAACGGGAGGCUUCGAGCAGGAGCGCAGGAUAUGGCAGGAGGAGAAGGACAAAGUUAUCCGCUACCAGAAACAGCUGCAGCAGAACUAUGUGCAGAUGUAUCGCAGGAACCGAGAGCUGGAGCAGCUCCUGCAGGAGCUUAGUCAGGAACUGGAAAGCAGAGAGGAGGAUGAGGGCAGCGGCAACGAGAUCAACUUCGAUGAGAUCGCCGCCACCGAAAUCUGACCCUCAUGUCUCUCCAUCUUUUGAUUUGCACUACUGUCAGCUAAAUGUUUUUUUCACCUACAUGUCACAGAUCUGAUCUUGUGCCGUCUAGAUGGAAACACAUUCUGUUUGUUGAGAGCAGAUUGGUAUCAUCAAAAAAACCAUCUGCAGUGUAGAAAUCAGCCACACUUAAAGUUGUGCCUCAUUGGUCUUUUCUCCAAGGAGUCCCACUUGAAAGCCAGUGACCUCUAUUAGUCGUUAGUAGGCCACUUCAGUCCUCUGCCCCUCCAUUAAUGUCUGUGUUAGUGUUUGCACUAACUAAGUAGACAUCAACGCCCCGGCCCUCUUUCUCAGUUUUAGGCAUUUGUGGGAGACUUUGUUGUGUAUGAUUAACUUGUCCCCAACCUUUCAUUCUCCUCCUCCUGUGUUGGUUAUGACGCCACCUUCCCUGCUGGGUUUUAGCACUACACACCCACUCUGUUAGCAGUCAGCUCUCAUUAGUACAGUUAAUUUGGAUGGAGCCCACGUUGUUGUCAAUUGACAGCAAACGUGGGAUACCACACAUUCAGCAUGUCAUGAUAAAAUUGAGUGAAUCAGAGCGAGGUGUUAAUGAUGGUGGCCGCACUCUGGGAAAUGUGGAGAGAAUUAUGUCCUCAAAACCCCUCAAGCCUGUAUGGAAAUUGCAUCAUGAUCAACAAGUAAACAGUAGAUGUUUCCAAUAUAUGUCUAUUUCCUACUAACAGGAGUAGCAAGAUAGAUUUGUUGGGACGAAAACAUCUAAUUUUCCACCCAGAUAUGGCACAAAUUUGUUGUUUUUAUAACUGUAAACAGUUAGGUCCGUAAAUUGUACUCUCAUAUCCUGGAUACUUUACCCUACAUGGUGGAAAUAAUAUCAUGGACAUCUGUACAGUCUAAUGUAAUUAUACACAAUAAAACCUGGAACAAAUACGACCGUAACACCUUAAAUCCAGUGCACAUGUCAGCUUUUCUCUUCCACACAGUUUCCACACAUAGUUUGACGUCUUCUGAGAUUGGAUUAGAUCACUUUUCCUGUAGUGUAGGAGUGUGAGACACAGAUAAAAUCUUCUACCACGGUAUAAUAUAUAUAUAUAUAGCAUUAUUCCAUUACCAGGAACAUUAAAGAACCUGGUGUUGGGCAUACUGGCUCACUUAAUGGAACUGGGCCAUCGUUAACGAAAAUGUCCGCUGUGAAAAAGGGUCUAUAUCAGGGCUGUCCAAAACUCAGCCCAGAACCCUGAAACUGAAGCAGCUAAAUGGAAUUCAGCCAUCAUUGAUUUAAUUAUUUACACCUAUAUUUUUCCUACAGUGAAAAGUCAAAAUGUCUUCUGUGAAAAAGGCCUUUUGGGAACCGAUUUAAAGGAUGUUUUUUUUUUUCUAUAAAGUCAAUGUCUGUUUUUGGCUAAUCCAGCAAAUUAAAUUACCCAGCAAAUGAAUUUUUAAUCACAUUAAUGCAACUCACAACAUUGUAAACUGCUCACAUUAAAUGUUUUUCUUUGUUACAUUAGACAAAGUAGAAUGUUUUGAGCCCAAAUUGGCUCUUCGGGCUUGAAACAUUGUACUUUUCCUGAUGUAAUAAAGUAGACAUUUUAAAAGAGAGUGAUAAACAGUAUUGCGAGUCCUCAGGAGGUAACUCAGCACCUGGACAAGAAAGAUUUGUGCGUGUUUUGUACAUUGACAUAAAGCUGUCCUGCUCAUUGAUUUGCAACAUUGUCCACACUCUCCUCAUACACCCAGAGAUUUUAAAGGGACCACGGUAAAAACCCAUAUGACGAAAUCUGUGAUGGUUGACAAAUUUAUAUUGUCUCAUGGUAUACUGUAUAUCUUUAUAUCAUCCAUUCCUACUGUUUUAAAUUCCGUCAUAGUAAUACAUCAGUGUGCUAGUACUUCAAUGUCUAGAAUUCAAUGUCGUGUUCAGUAAAACCGAAAUGUACAUACAAUUAAAGCACACCCACGAUCUUAUAUCUUAUAAUUAGGGAAAAUACUUUACUACUACUCUCUCUAAGAGGUGGUAAAAGAUAGAUUUCUGUGUGUGGGUGAUGUGUUACUAAGAUUUUAUUUUACAUCACAGAAGGGGAAUCAUGCACUGAAUGAUGGGUGUUUUGGUGUAAACUACUACAUGACCAUGGCGUGACUGUUUUUCCACCAACCUUUACAGUAUAGGAUCUGUUUCAUGUGUAUUUACUUGCCUGUACGACAGAGACGACACCAAGAGACGACAUUUUUUUUGUUCCCUUUUUACUGCUGAUUGAAUUAUCGUGCUCUGUAAAUAACCCUGACAAAUCAUAGUUUUCUUCCAGAGACGUCUGUCCAUCUCAAAAAAUAAAAACAUAGCCACUGUGAAUAGACCAAAGCAAUGUCGCACAUUAUAUUUUGCUCCUACAGUACAGAUACGAUGCCUGUAUAUUAAUGUUUGUGUGGAUGUUUGUUCUGGUUUCCUCAGUAUAAUUUUAUAAUCCACAAUAUUUGUAUGAAGACAUUAAAUGUAUAUUUUCAUGCUGUACAUUUCUUGAACAAACCCACUAUGUUUUUAAAUAAAAAAGAAAAAAUGUAA